AUGUGGAGGAUGCAGAGAAGGGUCGCUCAGGUGUUUAUGAGCGACCAACGGUUCCAUCGGUUCUUGGCGAAGACGACCAGGGACAAGGUGGAGAAUGACCUGCUCAGGGUGUUGGACGAAUUGUCUCAGAGAGGUGUCGCGGUGGAUUUGCAGGAUUUGUUCCAGAGGUUCACUUUUGAUUCUGCUUGCAGAUUCAUCACGGGGUUCGACCCCAGCAGCUUAUUCGUCGAAUUCCCGGAAGUCCCAUUUUCCAGGGCAUUGGAUGAUGCCGAGGAGGUGAUUUUCUAUCGCCAUUUGUACCCCGCGUGGUUCGGGACUCUGCAGAGGUGGUUGGGGUUGGGAGUGGAGGAGAAACUGAGAAGAGCUUGGGAAGUAAUGGACCAAAUUGUGGGGAGAUACAUAGAGAUGAAGAAAGCUGAACUGAGAGAAGGAGCCAGCAAAGUGAAGGGAGAUGAAAAUGGUGCAGAUUUAUUGACAUCGUACAUGGUGGAAAAUGAGACACUGGGUGCUUUAGAAUGCAACGACAAGUUCCUUAGGGACACGAUUUUGAAUCUCAUGAUCGCCGGGAAAGAUACAACUAGUUUAGCGCUCACGUGGUUUUUCUGGGCUCUUUCCACGAACCCGUCUGUAGAAAUGAAAAUCAGAAAGGAGAUCAGAUCUGUAAUCCCGAAGGAAGAACAAAGUCGCAGAGUCUUUAAGAUUGGUGAGCAUGCGCACAACAUGGUUUACUUACAUGUCGCUCUGUGCUAA